AUGAAAGCAGCAAAAGAGAGGGGCCUCGUGUGGCGCCGCAUUGCUUUGGGGCCCCUCGAAGCUGAGAGGGGCCCCCAAGUUGCAGAGUUUUGUGUUGCUGCUAAAGGCCUCAGUACCCAGCUGCACGCUUUGCUGCGGGCCCUCGACGCAGCAGCACCACCCGCGGCCGAGGGGCCCCCCCAGGGGCCCCCUGCGGGGGGCCCCCAGGGGGGCCCCCAGGGGGGCCUCCCCGGCGGGGGACCCCAGGGGUCCUUUCAGGGGGGGCCCCAGGGGGGCACCCCCGGCGGCGGGCCCCAGGGGGCCUCCCAGGGGGGGCCCCAGGGAGGGGCCCCCGGCAGCAGCACGAGCAGCGCCUGCAGAAGCUCGGAGCUGCAGCAGUCUCAGGGAAACCCCUCGGGGACACCCCGACGGGGGCCCCCGGGAAGCCCCCAAGGAGGCUCCCAGGGGGGCCCCCAGGGGGGCCCCCUGGGGGGCCCCCCUGCACUGCUCAGCCCCGGCCCUAGAGGCCGAGGGCGAGAGGCCCUGGGCAAGACUCUAGAGGCCCUGCAGCAAGGGGAGCAGCAGCUGAGAGCAGCAGCAGCAGAACUUUCGCUGUGGCUGCCGGAGGAGCUGCAGCAGCGAAUCGAGCAGGCCUAG